UUGGGGGAUGGUGGGGGGGGAGGGGGGCAGAAUAUGGCUCAAUAAAAUUCCUGGGCAGACCAGAACUGACUCGUCAACUUCAAAUCCUACGGCAAAGCCGGUUUCAGAGUUCUGAUCAGGGCUCGGAAGUGUUCCUGCAGUCCCUGUUCUCCGCAGCAGAUGGCCCCAGAGCGCAGUUCCUGACCUGCCUCGCGGAGUCCUCCGCUGCCCUAGGAGCCCCGCGCCGCCCGGCGACUCCGCGCGGCGACUGCUGUGUUCGUGGCGGCUCGCGCCCAGCGGUCCCGGUUUGCGCUAAACUCGGCGGGCAGCGAGGACCCGCCCGGGGUGUUGCGCCCGGCUGCGGCCGCACUCCGGCUGGCCAGCGAGGUGCGCCCGCCUCCGACUCCCCGCAGAGGCUUCUUAGGUUCGGGAGAAGCUGAAGUUCUGCAGGAUCCCCGUCCGCCCUGGGACAGUCCAGCCGCGGGGACUUUCUCUGGUUGGAGUGCGUGCAGGUGGUCCCGGCUCCCCACCGGAAAACGUGGACCACUGGGUUUAGGGACAAGGCAGCGUCUAAAGUAGGCUUUGGAGAGAACUCCUGGCAGAAGCGCGCGGGGCAGGUUAGAAAGCAGAAGGGACAGCCCGGACUGGUGUUGAGUGUCGGGAACCGACGGAGCGGGCCUGCGGGAACCCAAAGCGCAGAGGGCCCAGAGGAUCGUGGAGAAUGAAGAAAUAGCCUUGGGACCCUUGGAAAAUGAGGCCAACGCCCCUUCUGCAGCUGGCGCUGCUUCUCGCCCUGCCCAGGACCCUGGGGGGGAAAGGGUGUCCGUCUCCCCCCUGCGAGUGCCACCAGGAGGAUGACUUCAGAGUCACCUGCAAGGAUAUCCACCGCAUCCCCAGUCUCCCGCCCAGCACGCAGACUCUGAAGUUUACAGAAACUCAUCUGAAAACCAUUCCCAGUCUUGCAUUUUCAAAUCUGCCCAAUAUUUCCAGGAUCUACUUGUCAAUAGAUGCAACUCUGCAGCGGCUGGAAUCACAUUCCUUCUACAAUUUGAGUAAAAUGACCCACAUAGAGAUUCGGAACACCAGAAGCUUAACUUCCAUAGACCCUGAUGCCCUAAAAGAGCUCCCUCUCUUGAAGUUCCUUGGCAUUUUCAACACUGGACUUGGAGUAUUCCCUGACCUGACCAAAGUUUAUUCCACUGAUGUCUUUUUUAUACUGGAAAUCACAGACAACCCUUACAUGACUUCCAUCCCUGCCAACGCUUUCCAGGGGCUGUGCAAUGAAACCCUGACACUGAAACUAUACAACAAUGGCUUUACUUCAAUUCAAGGACAUGCUUUCAAUGGGACAAAGCUGGAUGCUGUUUACCUGAACAAGAAUAAAUACUUGACAGCUAUUGACAAAGAUGCAUUUGGAGGAGUGCACAGUGGACCAACCUUGCUGGACGUCUCUUACACCAGCGUCGCUGCCCUGCCAUCCAAAGGCCUAGAGCACCUGAAGGAAUUGAUAGCAAGAAACACGUGGACUCUAAAGAAGCUUCCACUUUCCUUGAGUUUCCUUCACCUCACACGGGCUGACCUUUCUUAUCCGAGCCACUGCUGUGCUUUUAAGAAUCAGAAGAAAAUCAGAGGAAUCCUUGAGUCCUUAAUGUGUAAUGAGAGCAGUAUUCGGAGCCUGCGUCAGAGAAAAUCUGUGAAUGCUUUGAAUGGCCCCUUUGACCAGGAGUACGAGGAGUAUCUGGGUGACAGCCAUGCUGGGUACAAGGACAACUCCAAGUUCCAGGAUACCCACAGCAACUCUCAUUAUUAUGUCUUCUUUGAAGAACAAGAAGAUGAGAUCCUCGGUUUUGGCCAGGAGCUAAAAAACCCACAGGAAGAGACCCUACAGGCCUUUGAUAGCCAUUAUGACUACACUGUGUGUGGGGGCAAUGAAGACAUGGUGUGUACUCCCAAGUCAGAUGAGUUCAACCCCUGUGAAGACAUAAUGGGCUACAACUUCCUGAGAAUCAUGGUGUGGUUUGUUAGUCUGCUGGCUCUCCUGGGCAAUGUCUUUGUCCUGAUCAUCCUCCUCACCAGCCACUACAAACUCACUGUCCCACGCUUUCUCAUAUGCAACUUGGCCUUUGCAGAUUUCUGCAUGGGGAUGUAUCUGCUCCUCAUCGCCUCCGUAGACCUCUACACUCAUUCUGAGUACUACAACCAUGCCAUCGACUGGCAGACAGGCCCGGGGUGUAACACAGCUGGUUUCUUCACUGUCUUUGCCAGUGAAUUGUCAGUGUAUACACUGACAGUCAUCACCCUGGAGCGCUGGUACGCCAUUACCUUCGCCAUGCGCCUGGACCGGAAAAUCCGCCUCAGGCAUGCAUAUGCCAUCAUGGUUGGGGGCUGGGUUUGCUGCUUCCUGCUUGCCCUGCUCCCUUUGGUGGGAAUAAGCAGCUACGCCAAGGUCAGCAUCUGCCUGCCCAUGGACACUGAGACACCUCUUGCCCUGGCAUAUAUUAUCCUUGUUCUGUUGCUCAACAUAGUUGCCUUUAUCAUCGUCUGCUCCUGUUAUGUGAAGAUCUACAUCACAGUCCGAAAUCCCCAGUACAACCCAGGGGACAAAGACACCAAAACUGCCAAAAGGAUGGCUGUGUUGAUCUUCACUGACUUCAUGUGCAUGGCCCCAAUCUCAUUCUAUGCUUUGUCAGCACUGAUGAACAAGCCUCUCAUCACCGUUACCAACUCCAAAAUCUUGCUGGUUCUCUUCUAUCCACUUAACUCCUGUGCCAAUCCAUUUCUCUAUGCUAUUUUCACGAAGGCCUUUCAAAGGGAUGUAUUCAUCCUGCUUAGCAAGUUUGGCAUCUGUAAACGUCAGGCCCAGGCAUACCGGGGCCAGAGGGUUUCUCCAAAGAACAGCACUGGCAUUCAGGUCCAAAAGGUUACCCGGGACAUGAGGCAAAGUCUCCCCAACAUGCAGGAUGACUAUGAACUGCUUGAAAACUCCCACCUAACCCCAAAUAAGCAGGGCCAAAUCCCAAAAGAGUAUAACCAAACAGUUUUGUAAGCUGACCCUACACUACUCACAGUGGUAGGGGGACUUCUAAAAUGCUGGUUUCUUGAACAUGUAUUCCAAACCCAUUAUAUACACGAGACAGCUGACCUAACCCUUGUGCAGGUGAUGUCUCAUGGGGCAAAAGUUCAUCUCUGGAGAGGCGAUAGCAUUACCACUUAAUCAUUACCUCCCAGAAGGAAGAGAGGCUACCAGCACAUCUGAAUCCCAGGUGAUAUCAAAAUAACUGACACUUUCUAGAAAACUUGCUUGAUGCUAACCGCAGUGACGUUGUGUAAGAUGCGCAACAGAGAUCAACUGAACCAGAUCAACGCUGAGCUUCUCACUUAUAGAUAGCAUUUCAUACUAUAAAGAUUCAGCAAAUGGCAAAUGCUAUUAACUUAGUUGGUGACCACAAUAUAAAAUUAGCCCCAUGUUGGCUUGGUCCCCCUUCAUGUUCCUGGAUACAACCAAAGACAAUGUGAAUUCCUCAAAACUGAAAAGUCCAACAGGAUACAUGCAUGGAGCAGCUAUUAUGAGGUGAAGGAGGGGAAAGGCUUAGCUUUGAGUUGUUUUUUUCAGACUCUGAAACUAUUAAUCAUCUCUUCACAAGGAUCUACCUGAUGUGACCCAACUAUUAUGUGUUGCCCAGAAAAAAAAAAAAAAAAAAAAAAAACUGGCAAGAUUUCAGCUUAUGUGGCUGAGCAAACUAAGAAUUGUUCUUCUUGGCUGGUCUCAUAGCAGAAAAGACAUGAACUCUAGAACUAUUUCUAAGUAGCAGCAAGUGGGAAUUAUGAGCAGAGCACACUAAAUCACCCAUUGAUUAAUAAAGCAGGCUGGACACAAGGUAACUGUUAGCCCUUGGGCAAAUCACGGGGCCACUUCUAAAUCUAGAAAUGAAAGAGCUUGAUGGCCUCUUCCAGUUUUAAAACUCCAUGUAUAUCCCUUUCCCUUAAAACAUGUUUCCAUGACCAAAAAGAAAAGCACGAAGAAAGAAGGAUCUGUUUUUCCUAUCUUGUAGGACCACCAUCUUUUUCUCUUUGGAGCCUAGACAUAUGACCCAGGAAAUUUCUUCUUUGUUUACUUUUUGGUUAUGAUGUCUCAACCAUACUGGGCUGGAUCUGAAUCACUCAUUGAAUUACUAGAUCUACACAGCUACAAUUAUCAGGCCAAAAAGAGAUUGGUAUUCAUAUAAUAGAAUAGAAUAAAAUGUGGUUUUGCAAAUUUUGGUUAUUCAGAGUUACUACAGUUACUACUUCACUGUGAAGAUUCACUUGAAAACAUUUAACUUGUCUUCAGGGAUUGGUUUCUUUACUGAUUUGUUUCCAACCCACAGUAGGUACUAAAGCUAUCAAACACUCAAGGAAAGCAAUACUAAAGCUAUCAAGAGAAGUUUCUUCUCUCUGAAACUGCUAGCUCUUUCCAACCUGUUGAUCAUUGGACAUAAUUUCUAUUCCCCAACAGUACUCCCUUACUUAAAAUGGUUAGGAUCAAUCUUUAUCCACAGAUGUACUCUUCAGAUUUUCUGUCAAAACAGCCCCUUAAUUUCAUCCCAAACAGAGAUGGCAUUUGCUUCUCAGUGUUCAUGAAGCACACCAAGGAAUUCAAAGCUUUUGUUGUGUUAAGUCUGUGGAGUAGGGUUAGUGGGCCCAAUGGGCCCCCAGAGAUGGUCCCCCUUACUCCCCUAGGAUAUCCCCAUAGCAAUACCCAUUUCUGAUUAUCAUUGAGACUUGGACAUCUUCAUAGAAAUAUCAUACACAGUUAAAAAAAAAAAGAAAUACAUAGUUGAAAUCAUGACUUAUCCACUAGUUCACUUGUAACUAAUGAAACUAAACAGUUGUGUUACCUUUUGACAUGUGUUUCUCACCUGUGCCAUUUUGAAAUAGUACAUCCUGAUAAUGUGUUUUAUCUUGAGUAGUUGAAAUAACACUUUGGAAACAAUCCUAGAAAAGUAACUUCAACACAAUUAUUACUAAAAUUUGCAUUCAGAGAAGUAACUUCAACACAAUUAUUACUAAAAUUUGCAUUCAAACAUGAAAUAAAUUUUCUUCCUAUGAAAUGAUUGUGCUGAGUCUGAUAGUGAUGCUUUUCUAAUUUGUGAGCUUCUUUUAGGGUCACCAUUAUCUGUGUUACAACUCAAGACAGGAAAAAAACAAUUGGCAAAUUUGCUACUGAAUUCAUAUCAGUAAAUAAAUCGUUGACUAUCGAUAACUUAAGUAUAAAAUUGUAUCUUGAUUAUAAAUGGUCUUUAUGUGAAAAACCUACUCAUGAUUAGAUGAAUUAUGAUCCAUUGACAGGUAGUGAUGGCUAAGAGAAAAAAUAUGAUUAGUAUUGACAUUAGGAAUUUAAAUAGUGGUCUAAUGAAGAUGAUAAAUCUAUAAUACUUGGUCAGAGUUAAAUUUAUCUAGCAGCUUUCAAUUAUCUGAAGAUAGACCCAAAUCAUUAAGGAUAAAGGGCCUUAAGCCAAUCUUAAUAGAUAUCACAAAAAUUCAUGCCCUAAAGUUUAUACAGGUUGCCCAAAGGAAUGUCUCUCAAAACACCCUCAAAGUUUACUGAUUCUUGCCUUAUGGAUAAUCUACUUUAUAUCAGAAGUAGCCAAUUAGAAGAAAAGAGUGUAAUUCAGAGCAGCACCGUGAGAGUGGCAAUAAGGCAAAAGUGAGGGCAAAAAAUGAAAACUAUAAUCACAAGAACUCAAAACAAUAACAGUUUGAGAAGAAAUACUUUUAACCGCUUGCAGCCUUUGGAGGGAAUGUAUUGUAACACAACAGAGUGAUUUUAACCCUGAAUACUAAGGGGACAAGAAAAACCGGAUUGUAAUGCAUUCUGUUUUAAAAGAUAGAAAAGUUCCAGCUCAGAGGGAUGAACUGAGUCCUGGCACCCACCAACCUUCUUCUUUCAAAUUCCACUGAAAUUGACAGUGAAAGAGUAUAAAAUGGGACCGAGCCAAAGCCAUACUGCGAACAGGAGGAGUGACACCAACAACAGACCGCAGUCUCGUGGCUUUCUGAAAGAUGGAGAGAGUCUGUGGCCUGGAGCUGAUGGAUAACAGAGUGGAGAAGGCAGCGGCCAGAACACAGUGACUGGAUGAGGCCGCAGCUGUGGAGGGAUGUAUUCUUCCCUGCAGGGUCCCAGAGCCUGAAAGUCACAGGACUGAGGGGCUAACUAGAGUAAUGAGUUGCAAAUCUGUCUCAUGUGGCCCCCCAUCACCUCUCACUACAUCAGUUAGAACAACUGACAAGUUCAGUGUCUGCCCCAGGCUGAAAUCAAGAAAGUGAUCUUAAAGGAAAUGAGUGAUCAGUGUAGAUGGGGCCAAGCUCCUGGUCUGGGGCAGGGGCAGACCCAGCCCACUUGCCUACUUCUACCUUCACAUCAUAAAACGAAGCCUGGACAUUGACCCAGGCAUCACCAUCAGCCCCCCGGUCAGGGAAAGGCAUCUUGGGGAAAAUAUAUAUACACCAUUAACCUGACAUUAACCAUCCUUA